UUCUUCCGUUUACCAAGAGAGAGCAUCGCUGAGAGUUCACUCAUCGCACUUUUCUCAUCUCCCAGCAUCUCUAUCAUUGGUUCAUUGUUCCGGUCCAAUUGCUCUAAUUCUUAGGGCCAGAUAGAGUGAUUAAUGGGAAAAGGAGGGCAGGGCUCCGGGAAGAAAGCGAGUUUAGAUGGUAGAACGGCUUCGGAAAAUGGAGUGUUUCCCGCCUGGGCCAAGGAUGUGAAUGAGUGUUUGGAGAAAUACGAGGUGAAUCAGAAGGAUGGGCUGUCUACCGAGGAAGCCUCCGCGAGGAGGCAGGUUUAUGGUACGAAUGAAUUGGAGAAGCACGACGGCCCUUCAAUUUUCCGAUUGAUUUUGGAUCAGUUUAACGACACGUUAGUACGGAUUCUGCUUGUAGCAGCUGUGAUUUCCUUUGUCUUGGCUUGGUACGAUGGAGAUGAAGGGGGUGAGAUGGAGAUUACAGCCUUCGUGGAGCCUCUGGUAAUUUUCUUGAUCCUAAUCGUCAAUGCCAUAGUUGGGGUUUGGCAAGAGAACAAUGCAGAAAAGGCUUUGGAAGCUCUGAAGGAGAUUCAGUCUGAGCAUGCCACCGUGAUCCGUGAUGGUAUCAAAACCUCUAACUUGUCCGCAAAGGAACUUGUUCCGGGGGAUAUUGUUGAGUUGAAAGUAGGCGACAAAGUGCCUGCAGACAUGAGGAUAUUGAGUUUGAUCAGCUCAACACUUCGUCUCGAGCAGGGGUCAUUGACUGGGGAGAGUGAAGCUGUCAGUAAGACCUCAAAGGCUGUUGCAGAAGAUGCCGAUAUACAAGGAAAGAAAUGCAUGGUCUUUGCAGGAACUACAGUUGUGAAUGGUAAUUGCAUUUGUCUGGUUACUCUAACCGGGAUGAGAACUGAAAUAGGAAAGGUUCACUCACAGAUUCAUGAAGCAUCACAAUGUGAGGAUGAUACACCGCUAAAGAAAAAGCUGAAUGAGUUUGGAGAGGUUUUAACCGCCAUCAUUGGAGGAAUUUGUGUUCUUGUCUGGCUUAUCAAUGUGAAAUACUUCCUGUCUUGGGAGUUUGUUGAUGGAUGGCCUAGGAAUUUUAAGUUUUCAUUUGAGAAGUGUACUUACUACUUUGAAAUCGCAGUUGCAUUGGCUGUUGCUGCCAUCCCCGAAGGCUUGCCAGCUGUUAUAACGACUUGUUUGGCACUUGGAACACGUAAGAUGGCUGCCAAGAACGCUCUUGUCCGCAAAUUGCCAAGUGUUGAAACUCUUGGUUGUACAACCGUUAUUUGCUCGGAUAAAACGGGAACGCUGACUACCAAUCAAAUGGCUGUGGCUAAGCUUGUUGCCAUGGGUUCCAAGGCAAAUGCUUUGAGAUCAUUCAAUGUGGAAGGUACAACAUAUAACCCUUUUGAUGGGAAAAUACAAGAUUGGCCAUCACGUGAAAUGGAUUCCAAUCUUCAGAUGAUCGCAAAAAUUGCCGCUCUGUGCAAUGAUUCUGGUAUUGAAAAAUCUGGCCAGCACUAUGUUGCUACAGGAUUGCCCACUGAGGCCGCAUUAAAGGUGUUGGUUGAGAAAAUGGGGCUACCUGCAGGCCUGGGUUCUAGUUCUCCUAAAAGUCAUAGUGAUGCCUCAUGUUGCUCAUCCACAUGGAAAAAAAUUGCACCGCGCAUUGCAACUCUAGAGUUUGACCGCGAUAGGAAAUCAAUGUCUGUUAUUGUGAGCUCCAGCCCUGAUAAGAAGUUCUUAUUGGUGAAGGGUGCCGUUGAAAAUUUGUUGGAGAGAAGUUCACAUAUGCAAUUGAUGGAUGGUUCUGUUGUUGAACUUGAUCACAGUUCAAGGGAUCUAAUAUUGAAAAGUCUCUAUGACAUGUCCUCCAAAGCAUUACGUGUUCUCGGUUUUGCAUAUAAGGACAACCCACCUCAAUUUGCAUCCUAUAAUGGUCAUGAAGAUCACCCUGAUCAUGCUUGCUUACUUGAUCCUGCUAAUUACCCUUCUAUUGAGAGUAAUCUCAUAUUUGCUGGAUUAACUGGGAUAAGGGAUCCUCCUAGGCCAGAGGUACCCCAAGCUAUUGAGGAUUGCCGAGAUGCUGGGAUUCGAGUGAUGGUAAUUACAGGAGACAACAAGAAUACAGCUGAAGCCAUUUGCCGUGAGAUUGGAGUUUUCGGAUACAAUGAGGAUUUCACUUCUAGGAGCUUAACUGGAAAAGAAUUCAUGGAGCUUCGUGACCCAAAAUCACAUUUAAGGCAGAAUGGAGGGCUUUUGUUUUCUAGGGCAGAGCCAAGACAUAAACAAGAGAUAGUGAGAUUGCUCAAAGAAGAUGGCGAGGUGGUUGCAAUGACGGGAGACGGUGUUAAUGAUGCACCUGCAUUAAAGUUGGCUGACAUUGGUAUUGCUAUGGGCAUUGCUGGAACUGAGGUAGCAAAGGAAGCAUCUGACAUGGUUUUGGCUGAUGAUAAUUUUAGCACAAUUGUUGCAGCUGUUGGUGAAGGCAGGUCCAUUUACAACAACAUGAAGGCCUUCAUCAGGUAUAUGAUAUCUUCAAACAUGGGAGAGGUUGCUUGUAUUUUUCUAACAGCUGCAUUAGGUAUUCCAGAAGGCUUGAUCCCAGUUCAGCUUCUGUGGGUCAACCUAGUCACAGAUGGUCCCCCAGCAACGGCAUUGGGAUUCAAUCCCCCAGACAAAGAUAUUAUGAAGAAACCACCCAGGAGAAGUGAAGAUUCACUAAUCAGUCCAUGGAUAUUGUUCCGCUACCUAGUGAUUGGAUCUUAUGUUGGUCUUGCAACAGUUGGAGUAUUCAUCAUAUGGUUCACCCAUCAUUCCUUCCUCGGAAUUGACCUAAGUGGGGAUGGGCACAGCCUAGUGACCUACUCCCAACUCUCAAACUGGGGGCAGUGCAGUUCUUGGAAGAAUUUCAGUGCCUCCCCGUUCACGGCAGGGUCUCAGGUGUACAGUUUUGACGACAACCCAUGUGAUUACUUCCAGACGGGUAAAAUCAAGGCCAUGACACUUUCCCUCUCCGUAUUAGUAGCCAUUGAAAUGUUUAAUUCUCUGAAUGCCCUUUCGGAGGAUGGAAGCCUCUUGACGAUGCCACCUUGGGUCAAUCCUUGGCUUCUAGUGGCCAUGUCGGUCUCCUUUGCCUUGCAUUUCUUGAUUCUUUACGUGCCUUUUCUUGCUCAAGUGUUUGGGAUCGUCCCGCUUAGCCUGAAUGAGUGGCUGCUUGUGUUAGCGGUUGCGUUGCCUGUCAUAUUGAUAGAUGAGGUUCUCAAGUUUGUGGGUAGGCGUAUGACUGCUCGGACAAGGGAAAGGAAAACCGAGAAGCACAAGGCAGAAUAGUAAAAUAUUGGAUUAAUUGAACUCACUUUCCCCCAUCUGAUGGUGUUGACUGUUGAUGCUGAUAGCAGCUUGAAGUUACCACAAUUUGGAUUCACAUUCACUAGACAUUUGUAGUAUUUUCAGAUAAUAGGAUUUAUUCAGACAUGAAUAUUUUCUCCCAAAGAUAAUCAUCCAACAGCGGGUGGUUGAUAAUUAGUUUUUUAUUUUAUUUUAUUUUAGAUGUGGGCAUAAACCGCAUCAUAUUUAACUUUUCAUAUGCAGUAGUGAAGUCUCUGCAGUAUGAAAUGUUGUGAAUGACACAUUGACAUGCGGCUGGUUAGUUUAAUUUGCCUCUUUCUCCAUUCUUCCAUCUCCAUUUCUCUUCUAUAAG